AUGGCUGCCAGGACACACAACAUCGUCGUGCUGCCGGGCGACCAUAUCGGUCCGGAGGUCAUCGAGCAGGCCGUCCGCGUCCUCGAGCUCAUCUCGGCAAAGUCGCCCGACUUUGACAUCAAGCUCCAGUCGCAACUGUUCGGCGGCGCCGCCAUCGACAAGCACGGCAAGCCCUUCCCCGAAGAGUGCCUCGAGGCGUGCAAAAAGGCCGACGCCGUGCUGCUCGGCUCGAUCGGCGGGCCCGAGUGGGGCGUGGGCCCCGUCCGGCCCGAGCAGGGCCUGCUGGCGCUGCGCAAGGAGUUUGACCUCUACGCCAACAUCCGGCCCGCCCUGUUCCCCUCGGACUCGCUCGUGGUCCACUCGCCGCUCAAGGAGGAGGUGGUCAAGGGCGUCGAGAUCAUCGUGGUGCGCGAAAACGUCGGCGGCAUCUACUUUGGCAAGCGGCAGGAGGCCAACUUUGACAAUGCCGACGAGGACUGGCAGGCGUGGGACACGCUCGCCUACGGCCGCUCCGACGUCGAGCGCAUCACCCGCAUGGCCUGCCACAUGGCCAAGCUGCAGAACCCUCCGGCAAAGAUCCACAGCAUCGACAAGGCAAACGUCCUCGCCACGUCGCGCCUCUGGCGCAAGACGGUGCAGCAGGUCGUCGACAACGAGUUCCCCGAGCUCGAGGUCGACCACCAGUUUGUCGACUCGGCCUCGAUGGUCAUUGUCGGCGCGCCGCGCAAGCUCAACGGCAUCCUCCUCACCGAAAACAUGUUUGGCGACAUCCUCUCGGACGAGACGUCCAUCAUCCCCGGCUCCAUCGGCCUCCUCCCCUCGGCCUCGCUCAGCGGCGUGCCCGACGGAAAGAGCAAGUGCUUUGGCGUCUACGAGCCCAUCCACGGCUCCGCCCCCGACAUUUCCGGCCGCGGCAUCGCCAACCCCAUCGGCACCAUCCUCUCGGCCGCCAUGAUGCUCCGCUACUCGCUCCACGAGUUCAAGGCGGCCGAGGCCAUCGAGGCCGCCGUGCGCAAGGUCCUCGACGCCUCCGAGAUUGGCGGACGCGGACUCCGGACAAAGGACCUCGGCGGCGACGCCGGAAGCAAGGAGGUCGGCGAUGCCGUCGUCGCCGAGCUCGAAAAGCUCCUCUAG